AUGGCCACACCCCCUACCCCCCAAGGGCGCCACCGACACCGGCGCCGACACCGACACCUGCACCACCGCCCUAGUACCCCCCACAACAUAGACAUAGACCAAGCCCGCGCCCGCCACACCCAAGAAUGGUCUGCCAUCGCCGCCGAAGCCGCCCGUGUCCUCCUCCGCAAGCGCCGUGCCUACUCCCUGAUUGAUCCUCCCACACACACCACCCGCCGUAUCCGGAGCCGCAAAACCUACGAAGAACCCCUCCUCUGGACACUUGCCCACCGCUACAACCGCGCCGCCGUCCACACCCAUGGGCUCCAGCCGUCUCUGCGCCUGUGGGAGAGUGGCGACCUGGCAAUGCAGCUAGGCACGCCGUAUUGGGGGCUACGACACAUCCUGCGGCGCCACCGGGCCAAUUUUGCUGCGCACGGAGUGGUGGAGAGCGAGGUGUGCGAGCUUGUGAGGUGGCAUAUGGUGAACGGGAAGCCCGUGUUCGGGGAUCAAAGGUCGAGGUGGUAUGAGCUUGAACUUGGGGGGGGGAGAAGCAGCCCGGGGAAGGAGUAUUUGUGUGUGAUAUAUGCAGCGGGGGCGGGAGAGGAGCUGGGUACGGUGCUGAGUGCGUAUCCGGCGACGGAGAAGAGGCUAUAUGUGGAGCGGAGGAGAAAUCGGGGUCUCAAAAAGAUUUCGGAGGUGAAGAAGGUGUCUUCGCCGGCGGUGUUAGGGUCGGAGGGUACAUCGAAACAGGUAUAUCCGCACGGCCACGCAGAAAAGGAGCCAGAGACUCAGAUCUCGAGGCCAGGAGAGGUCAAUGAUAUCCCAGAGACCAUGGAAAUUGCAACAGAGCCCAAACCGGGAGUGACAGAAACCUCUCCGGUGAAGCUAGAGCUAGCCCCCGAUCUAGCUGUAGUUCCAGCGUCCGCUAUCAUUACCCCCAAGCCCGAACCCACAGCCCUAAUAACCCCCGGGCCUGCACCCACAACUACAAUUAUCAAGGAGACCCCCAAGAAACGUUUCAAAAUAAAGCGCAUCUGGCACUCCUUCACCACGCCCCAAAUCCGACGCCUCUUCCUCACCAACGAGGAAGUCGAUGCCCUCCCCGGCACAACCCAAGAACGCAGCCUCCGCCGCCGCCUCGGAAAAUCCAUCCACGCUACCUUCUUCGCACCUCCCCGCAUCUCUCCCCGCAUCAUCGUUCCCUCACCCUCCCCCUCCCCCGAAACAUCAGUCCAAGCACCCCGAAUCCAGCGGUACCCCGACACCCGCCCCAAGGAACCGCCGAAGCUCGCCCAUAGAGUUGCAGUACGGCCCUAUGUGCCCGUUCCGCGCGUUCACCGCACUCGUGCGCCUCCCUACCGGCCUCGCCCACGCAUUACAAAGUUCAUCAGCCGGCGCAAGAUCGUGCGGUCUAUCCGCGGGCGGCCGUUCAUGCGGGUUGACCGACCGCGCGGGCUACGGCGGCCGGCGAGGACGAGGGCGCGGAGGAGGCUAUUGUUGGGGAGGGAUAGGAGGAGGGAGAGGUGGUCGGUGACGAGGCUGACGCCAGGGGAUAUAUUGUCAGUGUUGGCAGCACUGGUGAGGUCGCGGAAGGGGAGGGAUGGAGUGGAUAGGAGGUGGGUGAGGGCGGGGGCGCUGGGGUUGGCGGGUGCUGGGAAGGCGUUCCCGAGGUUGGGGGGCGCGUGGGGUAUGUGGGGGACGGGAGCGGGGAGCUUGUCGCGGGGGUGGCAGGCGGCGAGGGAGCAGCAGCAGCAGCAGGUGAGGAAGAUACAUACGCAGUUGGGGGUAGGUAUUCCUGUUGCGGUACUUCCUCGGCGGGUUGUGAGCUCGAGCUCCGUUGGGAAGGGUGUUAUCCCGGCGUUGUGGCGCGUUCUAGGGAGAAGGAUGUUUCUAUAA